AACAAAUUAGUCAAAACUUAAACAGGAAUUAAAAUUCUAGUAUAUGAUGUAUAAAGUAUAUAAACAUAGAAUACAUCGGCCCCAUUGUCACUGAUAUCCGAUCCAGUAUUUGAGUCAGUAUCAACCUGAUAUCUGAUCCGUAGUGCACAUGUUAUAUAAUAUCACAACUAGUUUGGAAGCUAUUCGUGGUCCAAUAUGACACUUACACAGUUAUAAUGUGGAAAAUACACUGAUAAUGAACUUUUCCGUGUGUAUUGUGUCUAGUAGUUAAACAUAACUAAACAAUAUUUGCACAUUCUGGAUGAGCAGAUGUGAUUUAAAGACUUUUUUUUUACAAUGCAACUAAAAAAAAAACCGUCUUGUGUGUCAACAAUAUUUGCACAUUCUGGAUAUUUCAAUGAGGGAAAGGGAGGAGAAGAUUUCUUAACGAGGCAACAUGAACUUUUUUUGCAAGAAAACCGUAUCAGACACAAGUUAUUAUUCAAAGCAGAGUAUUAUUACAUGUCUUUAAACAUUCUUAACUCUUAAAGUGUGAUUAAAAAGUAAAGAAAUAACAAAAAUAAUGAUGUAAAUUCAGACUACAUUGUUGCACGUGUUCUAGUCUAUCCUAUCUGAAGCAGCCUGAAUGAUGACCAUCGAGCUAAUCUCUAUCGGUCACACCUGCCCCGCCCCGUCAUGAGCACACGUUCACACAGUAAAACAGCUAAUCUCAAUGCAGACAAGCUGUCAAGAUACAAAAACUCCUCAACUGUAGAAACCGCUAAAUAGUCUCUGCUGCUGCUGCUGCUGCUGACGGAGGAGGAGGAGGAGGAGAAGCCAUACGAUGAAGAAACGUUACGUGGACGCGAGCAGGCUACGGAAGAUGAAGAAGCUGAAGAUAACGGAGAAGCUGUCUGAGAGUGCGUACACCUUCCUGAAGUUUAUGAUGAUGUGGACGCUGGUGCUGCUGGCAGAUUUCAUCCUUGAGUUCAGACUGGAGUACUUGUGGCCGUGCUGGCUCUUCUUUGGGAGUGUAUACACCACGUUCCACUGCCACGGGCUGAUUAUUUGUGUUGUUUUUGUUUGUGCUGCCUUCACUCUGGACAUCUUUUGUUUAAUUUUUGUGCCUUUGCACUGGCUCUUCUUUGUGGCAAGCACCUAUGUGUUAUUCAACUACAUAUGGCACACAGAGAAAGGCAUCUGUAUAUCGACGGUGUCCCUGUGGAUCCUGCUGGUUUACACAGAGGCUUCACUUCGACUUAAAGACCUUAAAACCUCUCAUGCCAACCUGUCUCAUCUUUUUGCGGCACACUGCAUUGGAUAUCCUGUAGUGUAUCUGGGGUUUGAUGCCACCUGCUACUUCACCAACAUCUUCAAGCUGCGCAUACAGAAAGCGGUGCAGAGCGAGAACGACUUCCACAUGCACCUGCUGCAGCACUCGCUCCCUCCAGGCCUGCAGGUUUACCCCAAGACCAGCACAGAUGGAGGCAGCAGCUCAAAGUGGAAAAUAAAGCCUGAGUCGACUCAGUAUCAGUGUCAGAACGGCGCUGUAGUGGCCCACGAUGAGGUGCACACUGUGGACUGCCUCCAGAUCCGCAGCGAGGAGAGAGCGACAGAGAAAGCGACGCCGGAGGUGAGGACGGCUGAAUCAAACCGGCGGCCGUUGGCAUCCAAACCUGGUGAGUCCAGAGACGUGCUCCACUGUGGGGCAGGAGGACCAGAGUCCUCCACAACAACCCCGGAAAAUCUACCUCAAGAUGAGCAAGGAAGCAAAGCCACGCGGGCGGCUAAAAGCUCCUCGCCAAAAGCCCGCAGAGGCAGCACAAACACUCCUUCGCCGCCUGCAGGGAGGACUGAGAAGAAGCAGAGGUCCAGCUCUAAAACAGUCAGCCCCAACCGGGACGCCACAGAGAAGAGUGCCACAGCAGCCCACAAUCACCACGCUGAACAGAUGAACAAGCUGGAGCAGGAGCUGAGGAGGCUGAAGGGCGAGCUGCAGGUGAGCCGGCAGAGCGAGCAGGAGCUGCGGAGUCACAUCUGCAACUUGACCAACAGCGAGAGGAGCCUGAGACCGGAGGUGUCCCUGCUCCGACAGUCCAACAUGCUGCUCCAGAGCAAGAUUCUGUGUCUGACUAAAACCAAGCAGAGGGACAAACAGAGCAGUGCGAUGCUGGAGAAGAAGACCAGAGCCGAGACGGAGGCCAGACUCUCCGUUGAGAAGCAGUUGGCCGAGCUUCAGGCUCAGAAACUGGAGGAAGCAGCCAGCACAGCACGGACUCUAACAAACAGGCAGGAACACUGUGAGACCCAAAUGUUAAGGAAAAGAGUAAAAGAUCUAGAGACAGAGUACAAACAACUGCAGCUGGAGUGUCAAGUGAAAGAGAGUCGAGUGGUAGAUCUAGAGAGUGAUGUUGAGGCUCUGGGGAAGUACCGCUGUGUGGAGAAAGAGACGGACAUGCUGCUGUCCACUCUGUCGGCCAUGCAGGAGAAAGCUCAACAUCUGGAGUACAACCUGAGCGCAGAGACUCGCAUCAAACUGGACCUGUUCUCGGCCCUGGGAGACGCCCGCCGACAGCUGGAAAUCGCUCAAGAUAAAGUGAUGAGGCAGGACCGGGAGAUCAAGGAGAUGAAGCAGAAGAUAGCGGAGGUGAUGGCCGUCAGUCCCGGCGUAUCCUACAUGGCUCCUCGGCCUCCGGUGCCGCAGUAUCUCACCAAGUUACUCAACUCUGAGCGCUACAUGCUGAAUCCACGAGCGCUGAUGUACCAGUGUCUGAAGAAAUAAAGGAGGCCAUCGACCCUUUCUCUGAUCCUCAGACCCCUCCAUCGUAAAACACGAGGGCAAGGGGCUAACGGACUUUAUUACAGAGCUAAAUGACACCAUGAAGUCAUCUACUUCCAGCCAUGAGUGGAACCAGAAUGAACCUCUCCACAAGUCGAAUGCCUUUCGCUGCACUGACGGUGCUAACUUUACGCUGGGUUGAAGUGUUUCACUCCAAAAUAAGAAAUCUGAUAUACAGAGCUGCUCUAGGCACAAGUUUUAUUUAAAGAUACGACAUAAACCAUCUCGUCGGGAUGCAACAGAGAAAACAGCACAACAUUUAUUGAAGUUGAAUCUGAAUAAAUUAGUGAUUUCUGGAUAAAUAAGUAGAUAAAUCUCGUUACCCUGCAGAUCCACUAACUUACUUACCUACUGUAGCUUUAGAAGACUAAUCAACUCUGUACAAUAUGACAUUAACUACUGAUAAAACUACACUCUCAUUAUUAUUUAUGUCCUUAUCAAAAGCAUUAUACUUACAAAGUUACAAGAGUUAAUAACCUGUUUUAAUGAUACAGAAUGAUCUUGAUCUGCAGGGAUGUCGACUAAAGAAUUCAAAAUAACAUGAUAGAAUUUUAUAAUCUUGUUUAUCCCUUUGAGACAAAUGAUUAUACAAAAUGAUCUAAUAAGUAUGGAAGCCCAUUUCCGCCAAAAUGAUGAAAAAAAAGAUCCUGUAAGUCAUUAUCUCAAAAUUAUGAGAUACUAAGUCAUUUAUUUGAGCAAGUUUCUCAUUAUUUUGAGAUAUUAAUCAUUAUUUUAAGAUACUAACUCAUUAUUUGAGAAAGUUUCUCAUAAUUUUGAGAAAGUUUCUCAUUAUUUUGAGAUAUUAUACAUUAUUUUGAGAAAGUUUCAUUUUGAGAUACUAAGUCAUUUAUUUGGGAAAGUUUCUCAUUAUUUUGAGAUAUUUAGUCAUUAUUUUAAGAUACUAACUCAUUAUUUGAGAAAGUUCCUCAUUAUUUCGAGAAAGUUUCUCAUUAUUAUGAGAAUGUUUCUCAUUAUUUUGAGAAAGUUUCUCAUUAUUUUGAGAUAUUAUACAUUAUUUUGAGAAAGUUUCAUUUUGAGAUACUAAGUCAUUUUUUUGAGAAGGUUUCUCAUAAUUUUGAGAAAGUUUCUCAUUAUUUUGAGAAAGUGACAAUAUAAUACAAAUAUUACGUCCAAACAAUAUUCUAUUUACAAUUUUCUCAAAGCCUAAAUAUGAUUAUUAACCGACAACAUCAACAUAUGCUAAAUGUUUAAGGAAAGUAUGUCUGUGCCUGUAAAUAGUGGAUUAAGAUCAUUUGAAUUGUGCUGAAAUUAAGAUCAAAUUAACACUUUUUAAAAUCUAAAAUGUGUUUUGGAAUGAGACCCUUCAGAGAGACGGGUGUCGUUUUCAUGUGAAGCUUCCUCGGCUGCAAUCUGGGAGUUCAUUGUGAACAACGAGCAGCGUUGUUUGAUUGUCGGAGUGACCAGAUAAAGUUGAGGAGAAGUGUUAGCAGCGAUUAUCUCUUUGUUUCAACUGACGGCUACAUUUGGCAGCUCUCGGCUUCACGAUGGCAAAACUCUGGAAACUAGAGAAAGUGUGAAAAAGUGAACUGAGUAGUUUCCACUUUGUUUGCCAGAAUCGGAUUUCGUCCGUGAGUUAAAGUGGAGUUGUGAAUAACAAGGAAUGACCAAACAUGGUUCAUGAAUUUAAUUACUGUGCCUAUAUACAUUAAGCCGCCCACACAUGAUCAGCCGCUCUGCGCCGGCUGUACCAUUGUUUUCUUGCGGGGAGAGCGCUACUCUCGGCGUGGCACUCGAAAUCGCCACCGAGCGCCGCACUGAAAGUUUAAAUUCUUUCAACUUUGACCUUGGUUGCCGCAGCCCUUUCAAAGCGCAACCAGAGAUAACAGCUGUUGUUGUUGCCUAGAAACAGUGAAUGGCGUUCUUUGCGCACUUUCUGAUGGCCUAUUAUACCUGCGCUGCGCUUUGCCUCUGCGAGGCUCUGCGCUCUACCUCGCGGUGAGCGAAGGGCACAUUUCUUAUCAUGUGAAGGCAGCUUUACUUUCAAACUGGGAAGUAAAAAACACAAAUUUAAUGUGAACCAGUAAUGUGUUUGACUUUUGAAGUGCUAUGUACUGUUUUUUGUAGUUUUUUUUUUCUUCUUUUUUUUUACUCACAAUGUACAGAAUUUAAAAUACGGCUGAUAAACACUCAUGAACUGGAUGUCGCCAUUUUGGUAGCUUUUUAUUUUAGAGUGUGUUUCUAGGGUGUUUUAUAUCAAAAGUAUUUUUUAGUCUCGCUGUACUUUUAUUAUACUGCUGUAAUUUUGUACGGCAAAUGUGUUUGUCAGCAUGAAAUGUGUUUUAUUCAACUGUUAUUCGAGCACACAUUGUGACUUUAAGUAUGUACAUGGAUAUACUUGUACAAGGGCUACAGUUUCUUAACAUUUUGAACAAAUAAUGAAUUGAAACGGUGAUGCUCUGAGGGUGGAGAUCACGAUCCUGAUACACCAGGAUGGGUUGUUUUGUAUAAAUAAUUUAAACAAUGGAAUUUUGUCUCAA